AUGGUCAAUGCACCUAAAGUGAAACUUCUCAAUACUGAUUACGCAUGGAGGCUUCUUCAGUCUCCGGGGCCUAGGGUGGUCCCAGUUGACGCAACCUGGUACAUGCCUAACUCAUCCAAAAAUGCCAAAACAGAGUUUGCCCAAGAAGAUCGUAUCAAGGGUUCUGUCUUUUUUGACUUGGACUCAGUAUGUUGCAGAACAAGCAAAUACCCUCACAUGCUUCCUCCUCAUAGAUUGUUUGACAAAGAGGUGGGCAAGUUGGGCAUCCAAAGCGAAGACCUCGUUCUUGUCUACGAUAGACAAGGAAUAUUCUCUGGGCCCAGAGCAGCUUGGACAUUUGCUCUUUACGGUCACAAAAAUGUAUACUUGUUAGACCACUAUCUUCAGUUCAAGGAGAAGCAUCCAGUCGAAAAGGGUCCACCAAGCGAGUCUCCAGCAUCAGAGGGUGACGAGUCAGGAUACAAGGGCAUUGACAACACAGAGUUCACCAAAAAUUAUCGCAGCCAGGUCAUUGAGUUUGACGAAUUGGCUGACCUCGUUGUCCUGAGAAGCUUGGAUGAUUACUACUUGUUUGAUGCGAGAAGCGCAGAUAGAUUCCAUGGCAAGGCUCCGGAGCCCCGUAAGGGCUUGCUGUCUGGACACAUACCUGGUGCUCUCAGUUUGCCAUUUGGCAAAGUUUUGAACGAGAACGGUCAAUAUAAAACACGCGAGGAAUUAAUUGAGGUCUUCAAGAAUGACUUUGGGCUCGACUGGAACGAGCCAUUGGAUAGAAAGGGCGUCAUAGUGAUGUGUGGAACUGGUGUUACAGCGGUGAUUCUUCGCUUGGCUAUCGAGAAGAUUAACCCUGAUAUUCCUAUUCGUGUUUAUGACGGGUCAUGGACAGAAUGGGCUCAGAGAGCUCCUGAUUUGAUCGUUGAAGGGAAUAUGUAG